UCAGCAAGCACACACAGCUCAGCCCCACUGAUGCCUUUGGCACCAUUGAGUUCCAGGGAGGAGGACACUCCAACAAAGCCAUGUAUGUGCGAGUGUCUUAUGACACCAAGCCUGACCUCCUGCUCCACUUGAUGACCAAGGAGUGGCAGCUGGAUCUGCCUAAGCUGCUCAUAUCUGUCCACGGGGGCCUGCAGAACUUUGAAUUACAGCCUAAACUCAAGCAAGUCUUUGGCAAAGGGCUCAUCAAGGCUGCCAUGACAACAGGAGCCUGGAUCUUCACUGGGGGAGUUAACACAGGUGUGAUUCGUCAUGUGGGAGAUGCAUUGAAAGACCACGCCUCCAAAUCAAGGGGAAAGAUUUGCACCAUUGGGAUUGCUCCAUGGGGUAUCGUAGAAAAUCAAGAGGAUCUUGUUGGCAAAGACGUGGUGCGUCCAUACCAAACCAUGUCCAACCCCCUGAGUAAGCUGACAGUUCUUAACAGUCUUCACUCCCACUUCAUCCUGGCUGACAAUGGUACCACAGGAAAAUACGGUGCUGAGGUCAAACUACGACGCCAGCUCGAGAAACACAUCUCCCUGCAGAAGAUCAAUACACGUAUUGGCCAGGGUGUGCCAGUGGUGGCUCUUAUCGUAGAGGGGGGCCCUAAUGUGAUCUCCAUAGUGCUGGAGUACCUCAGGGAUACUCCUCCAGUCCCUGUGGUGGUGUGUGAUGGCAGUGGUAGAGCCUCAGACAUCUUGGCCUUCGGACAUAAAUACUCAGAGGAAGGAGGCAUCAUUAAUGAGUCUCUAAGAGAUCAGCUGCUGGUGACCAUCCAGAAGACGUUCACAUACAGCCGCACACAAGCCCAGCAUCUGUUCAUCAUUCUCAUGGAGUGCAUGAAGAAAAAGGAACUGAUAACAGUUUUCCGGAUGGGCUCAGAGGGUCAUCAAGACAUUGACCUUGCCAUCCUCACUGCAUUACUGAAAGGUGCCAAUGCUUCAGCCCCUGACCAGCUGAGUUUGGCUCUUGCAUGGAACAGAGUGGACAUCGCACGCAGUCAGAUCUUCAUCUAUGGGCAGCAGUGGCCUGUUGGUUCCCUUGAACAGGCGAUGCUAGAUGCCUUAGUGUUGGAUAGAGUAGACUUUGUCAAGCUGCUGAUUGAAAAUGGAGUCAGCAUGCACCGCUUCCUCACGCUUUCCAGACUGGAGGAGCUCUACAACACGCGACAUGGACCAUCAAACACGCUGUAUCACCUUGUCAGAGAUGUCAAAAAGGGAAACCUGCCCCCGGACUACCGCAUCAGCCUAAUCGACAUUGGACUGGUCAUUGAGUACCUCAUGGGGGGCGCAUAUCGGUGUAACUACACAAGGAAGAGAUUCAGAACUCUAUACCAUAACUUGUUUGGACCCAAAAGGCCCAAAGCCCUGAAACUGUUGGGAAUGGAGGAUGACAUGCCAAUCCGCAGAGGUCGCCAGAAGACAACACGUAAACGAGAGGAAGAGGUGGACAUUGAUUUGGAUGACCCAGAAAUUAACCACUUCCCUUUCCCCUUCCAUGAGCUGAUGGUGUGGGCUGUGCUUAUGAAACGUCAGAAAAUGGCGCUGUUCUUUUGGCAGCAUGGUGAGGAGGCUAUGGCCAAAGCUUUGGUGGCAUGUAAGCUCUGUAAGGCCAUGGCACAUGAAGCAUCUGAGAACGAUAUGGUGGAUGACAUCUCCCAAGAGCUGAACCACAACUCCAGGGAGUUUGGGCAGCUGGCAGUGGAGCUCCUAGACCAGUCCUAUAAACAGGAUGAGCAGAUGGCCAUGAAGCUGCUGACAUACGAGCUAAAAAACUGGAGCAACGCCACCUGCCUGCAGCUGGCGGUAGCAGCCAAACACAGGGAUUUCAUUGCUCACACCUGCAGUCAGAUGCUGCUGACCGACAUGUGGAUGGGACGUCUGCGUAUGCGCAAGAACUCAGGCCUGAAGGUACAACAACUGGAAAAGAUGUUUGGAAUAACCUGUGGGUGAAGAUGAUAUUUGAGAAAAACUGAAAGAGUAAUUAGAAAAC